CACCAGCCUACACGCGACGAACGUCCCUAAUUUUGGCUUGUUUGCUGGGUUGGAUUUCCGAGGUAGGGGCUGUCUGUGGCGCAGGCUGGCCUGGAGUCACUGUGCAGGCUCAGGGUGGCCUCGGAGAGCGGCCCCAGUCUCGAGACGCGCCCUCUGCGCGCUGCUUGGUCGCUCUGCCCAACCGACUGAGGGCCUAUCCGGUCGCCGGGCCCUCGGGAAGGGGGCGUGCCCGCGGGCGCACAAGUUUGCGCGGGCUGCCGUGGACAUGGCGGCCUUCCGCGACAUGGAGGAGGUGAGCCUCGGGCUGCUGAGCCUGCUGGGAGCGAACCGCGCCGAGGCGCAGCAGCGGCGGCUGCUCGGGCGCCACGAGCGGCUGCUGGAGCGGCUGCUGGAGACGCAGGACGCCGCCGAGCUGCGGCUGCGAGAGACCCUGGCUGCAGAGGAAGAGGUGGCCCAAAGCCUUCUUGAACUGAAGGAAUGCACACGUUUGGCGGGCACUGAGCUGCAGCAGCUGGAGGCUGAGCUCCGGAAGGCCAGCGAGGAAGACAGUUGUCUGCAGGCUAGCCUCUGUCAGCUCACCGCAGAGCUGCAGGAGCUCAAGGAGAUGGAGGCAGCCCUCCAGAGACAGGAGAAGGAAGUUGAUGAGGACACCACAGUCACCAUCCCUUCUGCUGUGUAUGUGGCCCAACUUUAUCACCAAAUUAGUAAAAUAGAAUGGGAUUAUGAAUGCGAGCCAGGGAUGAUCAAAGGCAUCCACCAUGGGCCCACUGUGGCCCAGCCCAUCCACCUGGACAGCACCCAGCUGUCCAAGAAGUUCAUCAGCGAUUACCUCUGGAGCCUGGUGGAUACUGCCUGGUAGCUGGAGCAUCACAGACAGCACCUUGCCUGGGGAUUGUGGGCUGGGGAGCCCAGUGGUGGGUCAGUUUGAAAUUAAAUGUUUAUCAUGGAAAUUGCUAAUUAAAAAAAUAAAAAGAUUCAAAAAAUAAAGAAAUUAAAUGUUUAUUUGUGAAUGUAUGUAAA